AUGAGCUCUCUCCAAUGCCAUCUUGACAUUACCAAUGAGCCUGGCUCAGAGGAUGAGACAGGUGAAUCUAUCACUUCCGAAGGCCAGGUUGAGCAGGAAGCUACUCAUCUGCGACCCUGGAAUGGCUUUUGGCCGCGCCCUCUUACCGUUGUGAAGCCGGGCGACAUCAUCCCGAUUCAGGGCAACUAA